UAUGAUUAGCGGAAACAUGUUUAUAAACUACAAGAAAGAUGAACCCAAUCAAUUUGAGGUGGGCGAGAUCCCUUACGCGGGAGGAAGAUUUUCCAUGUACAUAGCCCUGCCACUGACGGAUGAUGGUAUCGCAAGUCUUGAAAAAUAUCUGUCUGAUCCGCAUAACGUCAACUGCCUUUUCAUGGACCUGAAAAUCUAUUAUGCUGAGGUGAAGAUUCCAAAGUUCACAACAGAGACAACGCUUGACUUGAUGAAACCUCUCAAAGAACUUGGUAUAGCCAAGGCUUUUGGUCCCGGCGCUGAAUUUCCUCGAAUCACCUCAGGCACAACCCACAUCAGCCAAGUGAUCCACAAGGUAAGAUUUGACGUCACACAGACAGGGACCACAGCGGCGGCAGAAACUACCGAAGAAACAAACAAAGGCCCCGCCCUUACAACAACAGAAGCAGAUAUCCAAUUUGUGGCGGAUCAUCCAUUCCUGUAUUUCCUCAGGGAUAGAGAAACCGGACUAAUUCUGUUCCAGGGAAAAUUUUCCGGCUAGGAAGCUCGAAAUAAAACUUGAGAUGAACUGA